AUGGCCAGCGCUCGUCCUAUCGUUAUCAGCGGUCCUUCGGGCACAGGAAAGUCGACUCUACUGAAAAAGCUGUUUGCUGAGUACCCAGACAAGUUUGGUUUCAGUGUCUCGCACACGACUCGUCAACCACGGGCCGGAGAGGUGAAUGGCAAGGAUUACCACUUUGUCACCGUAGACAACUUCAAGGGCCUGAUUGACGAUGCCAAAUUCAUCGAGUGGGCCCAGUUCGGCGGCAACUACUACGGCACCACUGUCCAGGCCGUGCAAGAUGUUGCGGAAAAGGACAAUAAAGUAUGCAUUCUGGACAUCGACAUGCAGGGUGUUAAGAGCGUCAAAAAGACCGAUCUCGACCCCCUGUUCCUUUUUGUCGCCCCGCCCGACCGGGAAACCUUGCGGGCUCGUUUGACCGGCCGCGGCACCGAGACUGACGACUCUUUGGCCAAGCGACUGGCCCACUCCGACGCAGAGCUCGACUACGGUCACACACCAGGCAACUAUCACAAGAUCGUCGUCAACGAUGAUCUCGAUAGCGCCUACAAAGACCUGAAGGACUUUAUCAUCAGCAAUCUCUAA